AUGGCAUCCCACAUAUUAGUUCUUGGAGCUACUGGCCAGUCUGGCUUGGAUUUUUGCCGUGCUGCCUUGCAGCAGGGGCAUCAAUUAACCUUAUACGUGAGAAGUCCUAACAAGAUACCCGAGGAUAUUGCCAGCGCUACUCCCGUCUCUGUGGUCGAAGGUACUCUCGAGGAUCAAUCGAAAGUACGUGAAGCGAUCGCUUCCGGCCCCACUGUCUUUGUUUCUUUUGCCGGGCCAGUAUCCCGCUCCCAGGGCACGCCUGUCACCGAUGCUAUGAAAUUUAUAUUCCCCCUGCUAAUCGAAAACAAUUACAAACGAGCCCUGGUACUAGGCACUUGCUCAUAUCCUGCACCUGAGGAUAAGGGUGGUUUCAAAUGGAAGGCUAUUGUCAUAUUUAUCAAGAUUAUUGGCGGCUCCGCUUACCAGGAAUUUAACGGUUUGGGUUCCUUCGUGGCCUCUCAAGAUGUGAACCAACUGAAAUGGACCCUCUUUCGUGUGCCGUUCCUUGGCAAUGGAGCUGAGGCACCGGUCAAAGCAACUUAUACCGGGUCUGGUGAGGAUGGUAUGUUUUUGACCAGAAAAAGUAUCGCGGCAUGGGUUUUGGCCGAAAUGAAGGAAGAUUCCAAGUGGGUUGGAAAGACACCCGUGUUAUCAAACUGA